AUGUCUAUCAUCCCGACUACGAACGCCAAUGGCCAACCGCCAGUAUCUGAGGCCGAACAAUUUGGCCAAAUGAUAGAAGAAGUCAUAGAAGAAGUCCGUCGAGUAUAUCCCAACGUCCAUACUACCUUGUCUCUUAAGGAACUUCUCGAUCCCGCGGAGAAAAAGCGAGCAAAGGGAGUUCCCCGACCACAAAACUGCUUUAUGCUAUUUCGAAAGGAUAUUAGGGCUAAAUUUAGCCGAGAAGGACAUGGGUUAUCGGUAGCGGAAUCCUCUCGCGUUGCAGCAGAUAGCUGGCGAGAUCUACCACAAGAAAAGAAAAAUUUUUGGCACGCUUUGUAUGAAGUCGUCAAGAUGCAACACGCUGUUAAAUAUCCGAAUUACAAAUACCAGCCAAUUAGAAACAAACAUCCUAAAAAAGGACGUGCUGGCAAGGCGGAAAGAAGUGGUACCAUAGUAUUUUCGGCUAACGAGAAGAGUUUAAACGGUUAUGAAAGGGAGGUGUAA